GUCUACCUCAUUACACCAUUACUUUAGCACAGAAGUCAAAUUUCUCCAUAUUCCUAUAUUUUGUGGACGACAGAAAGAACUGGAAGAAAUAAAAGAAAGCUAUGGGGAGAUAAAGACAAACGUUCAAUCAUGAGACAAAUAUUGUUUGUAUCAGGUCAGGGAGGAGUAGGAAAGACACGUCGUAUUGCAGAAUACGCUCAACAAUGGAAAAAUUCUUACUCAGGGGGAGUGUAUCUUUUCAACGCACAAUCAAUUCUAUCUUUUCAUCAAUCACUCAAGAUUAACGUGAGCCAAUCACCUCAAAUAUAUAAAAUCCAUAUAUCAAUAUCUUGUGUUGAAAUUCUGGUUUGGCUUUCUAACGUGACACACAACAAAUCAGUACUAUGGGAUUACAACUUUUUUCUCCGCCAGCUAGAUAAAAGCGGAAAUGUGUUAUUCGUGUACGACAGCUGCGACAACUUGGAAGUUAUCGAAAGGCUUUUACCGAAACAAGCUCAACAGAUUCAUGUCAUCGUGACGACGCGAACACGUGGCGGUCACUUUCUUUUAGAUGCCAAUCAUGACAGAGUCAUUCACCUCGACGUACUAGAAGGGAACGACGCUGUCUACGCUCUCCUGGAGUGGAAAGGAAACGAGGAAAGCGAACGUAACGUCGAAGAGAAGUCGAGUGCAGAAAUUCUCGUUAAUGUUGCACAGAUUGGUCGCCUGCGGUUGGCUAUUCGUCACGCUGGACUCUAUCUAAGAGAGAAGAAGGUUCAUUGUGAGAAAUACGGAGAAUUGCUUGAUAACAGAAAAGAUAAACUGCAAACGAUUGGAAACGAUAUGAAGGAAAUUGUAAAAUAUUGCGGAUUGCAACAUGUUGCCAACGCACUCGAAGAGGAAGGGAUUGCAAAUGUGAGAGACUUUGUGCGAAGUGACUUAUCCCGACUGCAAACGUCAUAUCGCUUCAGACCACACGAACUAGAAGAGCUCGGCAGAAUGAAAGAGAAACUGAAGACAGCGACGGUUAUGACGUGGGACAUGCAGAUUGAAGAGAUGAUGAAGAAUUCAGACUCGACGAACAGCACAAUACUUGAGAUAGCUUCUCUGAUAGACGGAAAAGUGAUUGCUAGAGAUUUGCUGUUGAAUGUAGCUUUUAGGGAAGAUGAAGAUGACCCGGAUAGUAAGAGAAAGGUGGAGGAGGCCAUUUCUCAUUUGUCAAACGUUUCUCUUCUCAACGAUGACGUCGAGUGCAGCAUGCACGGUCUGGUGCAACAGAAUGUCGUGGAAGCAAUGAUGAGGAAAGGAACAUUCGCUCGUCGACUGCGUUUCGUUUGCAAAUGUCUUGUCGACAUGUUGCCUCGUUCAUGGGACGACGUGGAGAGAAAUUUGAAUAAGAAGAAAGUGUUGGAUCUAGCCGCUCACGUUUACGUGCUUUCUUCUCAUAUUUUGCAAUGCGAGCAAGUAGACGAGGAGUGUUGGCAACUAUUGCAAGUAUCCUGCUGGAUAGCACGUGCUUAUUGGCAUUUGAAGAAAGCGGAACAUCUGUGUGAAGGAAAACUCGAUUUAGUAAAACGUUUGAAAGGAAAACUCGAUUUAGGAAAACGUUUGAAGUCACAACGAAUGGACAAAGAGAAGCUGUUAAGUUCAUUGAUAGAUGUGGGAAAUGUUCGGUUGAUGUUGAGCAAUCCGCAAGAAGCAGAAAGGUCGCUGAAGGAAGCGUUGGAGAUGAGUAGAGAAUGGGGUGAUGAAAUACAACCAACUCUUCAGUAUGAAGCAUCGAUUUUCGUGUCUUCAUGCUACAUACUUUUGCAUCAGUUUGAAACAAGUGAGCAGCUCUGUAGAGAACUACUCGAGUUUACGGAUCAACAAGGAUUAUCACAAGAACACGUCUCGAGAGUUAUUUACAAUCUGGCAGUCACGUACGAGAAUUGGGGCAAUACAUCUGCGGCAAUAGAGAACAAUGAAAAGAAUUUGAAGUUGAUGAGAAAACAGUUAAAUGGUAAUCAGGUGACCCUCUCUCAAGUUAUCACGAAUCUUGCAUUUUGCUAUCAAGAGAAUGGAGAACUAGAGCGAGCUGUGUCUUAUUACGAAGAAGCGUUGACAAUCAGCAGAAGAGAAUUACAGCCUUCUCAUCCGGCUUUGGCUCGGGGUGAUACUCAAGCUUUACGAAACCGGGUUCAUUCUGCGUUCGUACCAUUUAGAAUCGACCUGUCGCCAGCGGGAAGUGAUGCGUUGUGUGUAUUUGUGUUGGUAAUUUUGUUUAUCAGUGCGAUAUUCCCGUAUGUGUACAUUUGCAGCUCGAGAGUCACACUUGAAAGUCCCAACUACGAAUUGGAGUUUGACACUGAUUUUAGUGGUCUGAUACCAUAUGAGCAUACUAUAGAGCCAUUGCUUUGUGUAGACAUUGAUAUGCCAUCAGAAACUUCCGUUUCUGACGUCAAUCAAGGUCGAAGAGAAGACAUCACGCGACGGGAUCAGCAAAGUUUACCUCCCUUGUCGCUAGUGGAAGAAGAUGACGGAUUUGCAGCCGGAUCAGCAUCCGCUGAGUUUUUAGAGUUUGUUACUGGCAAUGGAGCUGCAGCUAGUCUACAUUCAGAGAGUGUCGUUUCUUCUAUUGACGAAGUCAUACCACCAGACGAACCUGCAGCUGCUCAAGUUGAUUUUAUAUUGUCACCAUCGGAAGUAGACUUUGAGCUUGAAGAAGUUGAUGUAGAGAUGCCUCCACCAAAAAGGAAGAGGAUAGCACGUGUGCCCUUUGAUGUACACACAAAGUUGCCACGUCAAGUGAUGAGGAGUUGGAUUGAUGACACCUCUCAUAUACUCAAUUACGAUCCAAUCGAAUCAGAGAUUGAAACAUUUCUGAGGGGGCUUGACCCGUUAGAACGUCCUAUUACCACUUUGAGAGAAUGGUGCUUUGAAGAUUUACCCAAGAGUAUCAAGCAAAUUCAAGACAUUGAUCAUGACACGCUUCAACGUCAAGAUCUUUUAGUGUCCACUGAGGGGUCGGACUUUCUGGCAGGAUCAGAGCCUACAGUCAGUAAAGAUGACUUGCAAGAUGUUGUGAUGGAAGACAAUGUCCUUGAUGGUGAUUGUUUUCAACAAGAAGUUGAGAUUCCACAAGAAAUACAGACAGAAUCUUCUUUCUUGUCGAAGACUAUAGUAGAGUCGGAAGAAAAUUUGUGGAGGAAACUACAAGAAGAAUUUCAAUACAAGGACAUUGUGACGUUCAGUCAACUCUGUCCCAUCGCUUCAUCACGCUCAAAAGCUGCGAAAAUGUUUUACAAUUUGUUGAGCUUAGCAAGCACUUACAGCAGUAGCCUCUUCGUUCAACAGAUGCAACCAUUUGGAGAAAUUACAAUGACAAGAUCUGAAGACUUUUGAUAGUUUGUUCAACGUCAUUAGUGACUCUGACCAUCCAGAUUUCUAUGUGACUUUGAUGUUUUCAAUAGAUACAAGUUUCA